AUGCCCCCCAAAAGAACAGCUGCUGGUUCGUCGACACAAGCUACUCAGAAACGUAGGAAAGAAUCCACUUCUUCCGAAUCUGAAGGAGAUGCGGCGCCUAGUACCAGUACUCAGACCGGAAAGUCCGGUACUUCCUCAAAUACAUUGAAAAUUGCAGCUGCUAAGUUGGUACGGAUGGCGUUGUUUGCAGAGUAUCGGACUCUUCCUUUGCGUCGCGAGCAGACGGCGAGGAGCGUUAUACCGUCCGAUGUCAGAGCCUUUCCAGCCGUCCUCGACCGGGCGCAAAUCAUUCUCCGUACGAAAUUCGGUAUGGAGCUAGUCGAACUUCGGUCUCGACACAAAGGCAAUAUGUUCGUCAGUGGGGAUACUCAAUCUCUUCAAACCCAAACCCAAACUCAGAUCGCGAAAAAGAAAGGCAGACCUUCUCUGGCGGCGAUACAGGAAGAGUCGGAAGAUGAAGGGGAGGGAGAGCAACCUCAGACCCAAGCGGCUACCCAGGCGAAAAAGACGACGACUGGAACCAAAACAUAUGUUCUUCGAUCUGUCCUUCCAGCAGAACUAUUGGCACAUAUGUCAAUCCCUGAUCCUCUGCCAUUGAGAGAUGACGACGAGAGAGUAGAGAAUGAAAAACCGGAUAGUGGUGCGUUACUGAGAUGGGAAAAGGCGGCAGGGACAGUGAGUGCCCAUCCGGCGUUGUUAGGAGUGAGAACCGUGGUUUUGUGUUUGGUUCUGUGCUUGGGAAGGGUGGUAGGGGAUGACCACCUUCAUGCCCUUCUUCGUAGACUGAACCUCCAACGAGACACACUCUUACCCUUUACUUCGCCCGAUUCCAAAGAAUCUUAUCUCACUCUGGACAAAUAUCUCGAUCUACUCUCUAAACAGAAUUACCUCGAGAAGAUCAAGUUGCCAUCAACCGGUGGACCCUCUGAACAGACUUAUGAAUGGAGAUGGGGUUCUAGAGAAUCGGAGUUUUCAGAAAAAGACGCAGCGAAGUUCAUUGCGGAUAUUCUGAUAGAUGAGAACCAAGAUGACGAUGAUGAACCAAGACGUACGAGAAACGCCACUCGAGGUGAGGAGAGACCAAGUGUCGUUGAUCAAAGAAAACGUCUUCGGACGGAUAUCGAACGUUCUGCUGGUGGACCUUUGAUGGGGGAUGAUUGGUAG